AUGUCUAAUCUUCACGGUAAGGCGUUUACGUUUCCGGGCAUCCCAGACAGCUACGUCCGACUGCAUCCCACCGUGACCCUGAGCGGCGACAUCGCGGCCGCCAGUGUCUGCCUGAGGUACUUCUCCGACAUGCCCGAAGCUGAGCGGGUCCAGUCCUUCUUCUCCUUGGCCACGCGCAAACGCUUCAACGGCUUCCUGCUCAGCAAGAAGGGCAAUAGCAGCUACUAUCAGAUCGUGGGCGACGCGGUGGGCCAGUUCUGGGGGCUCCCGGCCGACCUCAACCACUGGAACUCGGUCUGCGGCACGUGGGACUCUGACACGGGCCUGUCUCAGGUGUGGGUGAACGGCAAGCCGGGCGCAAGGAAGUUUGUCUUCAAGGGCGGCCGUCUCACGGGCACGCCGAUCGUCAUCAUCGGCCUCGACCAGGACGCGUACGGAGGCGGGUUCUACCAGAUCGACGCGUUCAUCGGACAGCUGACGGACGUGCACAUGUGGGACCGCGUGAUCGCCCCGUGUGAGAUCAACAACUACUCGGAGGACAGGAAGUUUCAGCAUGGGAAUCUGAUCAACUGGCACGCCGCCGCGUACACCACGUACGGAAACGUGGUGGAGGAGAAACAAAUACAUAGCGACCUUGUAAAGGAGUGCAGGAGAACAGACGACUGCUGCAACCUUUUUUAA